AUAAAUUACAAGCAAUCUGACCACAUCGGGGUUUUAGUGACAAUAUUUUCAUAUUUAAAUAUAUAUAUGAGUGAUUCGUGUGCUGCUCCAUUCCUUUAUGCCUUAUGCACCGCCGUAUACUGUGCAGAGCUGACGCGAUCACUAGCUAGACGCGAGCUGAAUUGAGCUGAAUGGAAAGUUAUUUUUAAUAUUUUUUACUGUCGUUUACAUUUUACGAUAAUAAUUACAAACAAAUUAUGUCAACCAUCUUCACUUUAAUGAAUUGUCUACAAUGUAUUUUAGUUUACUCGAUUUUUUAUGUUAGGUUAUGGAAGAAAAGAAGUUUCACUUUAGAUGUGUGGUCCAUGCACACAUUUUUUUUUCUAAGCUAAUGUAAGCCGAAGUUUACCUCAUUUGUAAUGCAUUCAAGUGAAUAUAUUAACUGUUAUCAGCUUUAUCAGGACGACAACCGACAAUAAACGAGUGGGCGACUAUCGCACUCCCCUCCAAGCUGUUAACGCAUCGCUUUGUUUAAACCCGAGAGCCAGUUGAACUAAGUUGAACAAAACAAACAAUUUAGGCAAACUUUAAAAAAAUGUUUAUAUCCUCUAUGACUAUUUGAAGACUUCAAAGUAACCAUCAAAACCGUUUUAGUAAAUAUUUACCUACCAAUUUUUUAACAAAAUACUUUAAUUUUAUUUGAUGUACGAAAUGUAUACAAAAGAACCUAUAAAUUUGAAAGUUGUAAGAUUUGAAUUGGAUUGGACGCCGCCACCACCGGAAUCGGAAAGGCAGAAACCAAAAAAGAAAACUAAAGAGAUUAAAGUACCAAAAGUGAAUCGUGUUGCGAUAAAAUCUCCUGUGCCACCGCCGCCUCCAAUCAAGAGCCGUUCACAGAAAAGGGAUGUAAAGGAGCUCAUUGAAGAAUUGCUCGAUGAGUUAUAUUCUGAUCACCGUGACUGGAGCAGCAACAGCGCCACAUACUGCAGCCGUGGAUCAACGUCAGCAGCAUCCAUUACUUCAUCACUAUCCAACUGCGGUGAUCAAAUUGAUGCUAUCGAAAGUAGUUACUUAGAAGGCUUGAACCUCGAAGAACUGGAAGAACAUUUUUGCGAGUGGCACUCGCAUUUACAGACGUCGGGUGAACGCCUGGCCCGCUGUCUGCGUACGAGGGACCGCCUCAGAAGACAACAGAAGAGAUUGUGUGCCGCCUUCACCGUGCUACUGCGUCAUAUAACGGGCGAUCCUGGCGCCCGAUUCGGAAUCACGCCGGGCAGCGAGGGGCCGGGCGAGGGCGGCUACGCGGAGUGGCUCCACGCCAUGAGACUGGUGGCGCGGCUGCCCGCUGGUGUGCCGCAACACUUCAGGAGAAAGCUAUGGUUAACACUAGCAGAAAGGCAUCUCACAGCGCGAAAUAUAGAGUGGUCGGUGGCGGAGCGCGCCUGCUUCCGCGGCACCGCACAACCCGAUGACACCGAGCUUGGCGCGCAAAUAUUGAAGGACCUACAUCGCACCGGUUGUUCUUUAUUCUGUGGGACGGAGGGGCGGGAGAAUCAAGCAAUGCUUCGCAGAGUACUUUUGGCGUAUGCACGAUGGAACAAAGAUGUUGGUUACUGCCAAGGGUUCAACAUGCUAGCGGCAAUAAUACUGGAAGUUAUGGAAAAAUCCGAAUCGGACUCGUUAAAGGUGAUGAUUUAUCUGGUGGAAGCAGUAUUACCUGAAGGUUACUUUGCUGAUGAUCUGCGUGGGCUGUCAGCUGAUAUGGCCGCAUUCAGAGAUUUGCUUCGAUUGAGACUUCCAAGAUUAGCGCAUCAUAUGGAUCACUUACAGCGAAUAUCAGAUGGCGGUGGUGUCGAACCUCCUUUACCAGAUGUGUUCACAAUGCAGUGGUUUCUAACACUGUACGCGACGUGGUUACCACGGGAAUCGUUACUGAGAGUUUGGGAUCUAGUGCUCCUUGAUGGCAAUGAAGUUUUGUUGCUUACUGCACUUGCGAUAUGGGAUUUAUUACAGGAUCGUAUACUUUCGGCGCGUUCAGCGGACGAGUUCUACAGCUGUAUGGGUGGUGGCGCAGGCGCAAUCUGGGAGGCCGGGGACUCGCUGGUGACCCGCGUGGUAGCGUUCGGCUCGGCGCCGGAGCUCCCACGACUCCGGUCGCUGCAUCGAUACCGAGUCACACCGCCAGCACCACCAACCGCUCCAUCACAACCUCCACUGCAUUCCGCUAUGCAGUCUAUGACAAAACGAGGCUUACGCUUAUUCUACUCUGAAGAUGAAGGUGACUCUAGUGAUGAUGGCAAUAAACUCGCAUUAGCAACAGUAAUGCCGCGAAAAGAAGAAUGUCUUGGCGCGGGAGAUAGACUAUCAUUAGAUAUAGGGGCCCUUAAACGCCAGUACGCUCGACUUCGAGAGAGGCAAAGACAAGCCCAUGUUAUAUUAGCAGCUGCUUGUGCCCGCCAUGCUGCAGUGGGUGUUCCUACGUCGCCAACAUCACUCACAGUUAACAACCUUCUUUUGGGAAAAAGUGCUAUAGUAAGUUCAAGAGGCAGACGGCUUGGACCACCUCCUGGGGCAGUUCCACCAUCUAGACAAACGUCAACACCACGAGAAACCACAGAAAAAUGCACAAGCGGAUUAGCCAACGACACUAUCAGUUGGAAUGAAGAAAAAAGUCGAAAAUCAGUCAAUAGGAGAAAUUCUGUAAAAUGGAAGGAUAUUAAAAAAGAUAAAGAAAAAACAGCAGACAAAAUAAGGAAAACUUCUAUAGAUUUAGAUGAAGCAGGUGAUGGUGUUAUUGUUUCAGAGCUUGAAGCUAGUCAAAUGAUUGCUUCACUCCGAUCGCGAAGUUCAAGUGAAUCUUCAUCAUAUUCAUCGCAUACAGCAUCAAGUACAGAUACAAGUUUGUGUGAUGAAAAUGAAAAAGCAAGUGAUUCUGAAGAUAUGCCUGACGAUGAUAAAGAGAAACGGCAUCAUAUACCUAAAGACAACACUUCUCAUCCACCACCAGUCAAAAACUCGAAACUUAUAGGCUCUCCACGUAUAAAGGAAUCAAAGAUUAAUCAAUCUCCAGAACCAAGCAAUGCUUCUGAUAGCGAUGGUGCAAAAAGUAUUACGGAUUAUCUCCAUUCAGCCGCAGGUGAACCGUUACGCACUUAUAUUGAUGGUUUUGAAACUAAAUUUAAGGAGGGCUUACCAGUGAGUCCAAUUUCUGAUCAUUACACACAUAUAAGCCCCCUUAAAAGCUUAUCUCAAUUUUCACCUCACAUAUGUUCAGAUAAAAAAGAUAUUUUGCAAAGAUUGAGUACUAAUAAAUGCGAGGAUAAGGAAAUUACAGGGCCUAAACACUUUCCCAGAUCUCCAAAAAAUUUUACUGACUUAAGCCCCUUAGAUUUAUCAUCAGAUAAUAAAUGUAAUUUAGGUGGUACUUCUCCUUUUAAUUAUGAUUUUGACUCAAAUUUCAAGGCUUUUUCUCGGUCUGUAAAUUCGGAAAGACCGCCCGAUAUAAUUGACAGUUUUACUAUGUACCCUAAUUUUGUACCUGAUAUAGAUUUGUCCGAGAAAAAUGUAUCCGAUAUUGAAAGUCCAGCUAGAAGUCCAGGGGCUGAAAGUAUAAUCGUAAGUGAAGAUGAACCACCAAUACCAUUAAAAAUAGAUAAAUAUUUUGAACAUAGCCCCGAAUUUUUUGGUGCUCGAGUAACAGAUCCUAAUAAUUCUGAGAUUCCUAAUAGACGAGCUAUAAAAAGACAUUCCAGGCUGCCUAAAAAACCUGAUUCAUUAACACUUCAUAAUAGUUAUAAUGAUAAAAUAGUCAGCGAAACAGAACGAGCAUCAUCAUUACCACAGAGUCAUAGUUUUACAAGUAAAAAAUCAUUGAGUCCAGAUAUUGAUAAAAAAGCUGAGGCAGAUCAGGAACUUAAACAAAUAGAAGCUGAAAUUACAAAAAAUGAUGAAUCUUUGUUACAAAGAAUAGAAAAACGGAUGAAAUCAACAACGGAAACUGAAAAUAUGUCACCGAAAGAUUACAUUCUACAAUCUGGACGUAAAAACAGUGAAAGAGCGUUACAAAUUAUUCAAGAAAACUCUAAAAUAUUAAGUAGAAUUCUAACAAAACAACACAUCGCUGACACAAAUCAAACUGCAAUAUUAAAAUCGGAGGAUUCUAUUGACAAAUCUAGUAGUAAAACUUAUACUGACAUUCCGGAAUAUUCUGUAGAGGCCCCAGUAAUUGAGUCGCCUAUACUUAAAGAAUCAACUUCGGAUUCUUUAAUUGGUUACCGAAAAAGAAACAGUGAUAAAAACACCGUUGAUAAAAGUGAAUUUGUUAGAGUAAGGCCUAUUUCAAUUGACGACCCUUUCUCUUUAGAAUUACGCAAUACAGUUUCAAGAGACGAAUUCUCUUUAAGAGGUUCAAAGUCUCCUAGUAAUGAAUGUUUAGUGAAUAAAACAGAUUUAUAUGGUUGGGAAAACAAAGGAUUUCUAGCAAAAUGUGAAUACAAAAGUGUUUUAAAUAAAGACAACAGCUAUGAUUUUUCGUAUAAGAAAAAAAUUAAUCAUAUUCCAGAUUUAGAUACAAUUUCCAAGAGUGAUGUAAUGAGACCUACGACUACAACUCAAUGGACAGGACAUUCUUUUUCAGAAACUAGAACUUCAGUUACUUUACCAUCGAUAGAACAAAAAGAUACUUCUACCUAUGAAAAACGAUACACCUCAGAUGAGUACAGUUAUCCAUUUUCAAGUAAAUAUAAUGAUUUUGUAUUAUCUAAAGCAAGUGAUAUUUGUAGUAAAACUGUCGAUCAAGGGCCAAAGGCUUGUGAAUAUAAUUCAAAGACUGAAAACAGCCAAGUUAGUGAUUUCGCUCAUGUAGUAACGUCAUCUAUUAGCUUCACUUAUGAACCUUCUGCUGAGGAUGACUCACCUACAGGUAUAAAAAGUAAUUCUAGUGAUACUUUAUGUCAAAUAACAUCUCUCGAUCAAGUAUCUACUCCAAUAUCUCCAAAAAUAUUCCCUAAGGAGACUCUCACAUUUCCAAGAGAAUUAUCCACAGAAAAGAGUGAUAAGACAAUAGUAGAAUCUGACGAUACUUGUAGUGCGAUUACUUCUCUCAUAGAAACAGAUACCCUUUCUUCGUUAUCUUAUCCUCGUAGUCCCUCAUCAGGCUCCUACCACCCAUUUCCUACUAGACCAGUCAUGCGGCUGCCGAAAGAACUCGGUGUUAGGUUAGGUAUGUACCCAAAAGAUGCAAUUAACUCUUCUCCAAAAUGAUUUUUACGAUUAUUUGCAAAUUAGAAAUUGCUAGCAUUUUUUCGUCUAAUAUUCAUUUUGAUACCAACAAAUAAUGUUUUAAUUAUGAAGUAACAUUAUUUAUAACAGUUACUUAUUUUCUAAUUCUAAGUUUUUACGAAUCUUAGUAUUAUUAUGUGUAAUAAAUAAUUACUGAAAUCGUAAUAUUUUGUUAAGUCUGUAAUUUAAAUUGACUGCAAAAAUAAGCUGUAGAUGUUUUGAAAUUACAUCGUUUGGAAUGUGAAAGACUUCCAGAACAAAGAAUGCAAAAGAAACUACUGCUUAAACUACUUAUUUCAUUAUAGAUAUUAACGGGAUUGUUACCAUGUACCUUGUUUUUUAUGAGU